AUGUCGUUCCAAGAUCGCGCUCAGCACCAAAUCGCUCAGAUUGACAAAGAGCUUUCAAAAUAUCCAGUCCUCAACAACCUUGAACGACAGACUUCAGUGCCCAAGGUAUAUGCCUUUUUGGGCCUCGUUGGCAUUUAUUUCUUCUUGGUAUUUUUUAAUAUCGCCGGAGAAUUUCUUGUCAACUUUGCUGGGUUUCUCAUUCCUGGAUAUUGGUCGCUUCAUGCACUUUUUACAACCAGUAAAAAUGAUGACACUCAGUGGUUGACUUACUGGGUCGUGUACGCAUUUUUAACUGUCAUCGAGAGCGCAAUUAAUGCUGCUUAUUGGUUCCCAUUUUACUACAUCUUCAAGUUUGUUCUGGUCUUGUGGAUGGCCCUCCCACAGACACGCGGUGCCCAAAUUGUGUUCAACUCUUUGAUCCAGCCUGCCUUUUCCCGCUAUUUCCAGAGCGGCUCCACCUCCGCAAACUUGCGUUCGCAAGCCGAUCAAGCCACCAAGGAGCACUCCACUUAG